GUGUUGUUCCAUACGAGGAGGGCCAUCGUGAAGUGAGAGAGCAGGCUUGGCUUGGCACUGCGGGCAACCAUCUCUCCUCCGAAGCUCAAUCGAUGCCUCUCGAUCUACAACGCAUCCAUCAUGCACCAUCUACGAAUCGCCGAGCAGGCAUUGAGGGUCGCCGCUGACCCAGCGACCCAACGAUAUGUUUGCCGCUCAUGCCUGGCACACGCUGCACGCCAGCUGCACACGACCACCCCCCGACGCGCCGAUAUCCCCCUGUACAAGAAGAUGAGCAACCUGCUAUUUGGCGACAAAAAGGCCGAAGAGAAGAAGGCAAGACAGGUAGAGAAAGCGAAGGCGAGAGCCGCGGAAGAAGGGAGUGAAGCCAGCACGUCAAAAAUACCAGAGCAGGUCAAGAUCAAUAGGGUGACUUAUCGGCCUGCGGAACGCUACGAUCCUGCUACCCACCCGGACUAUCUGCCAUCUUCGACCUGGGACGGUCUAGAGCGAGUUGGUAGCGAGCAAUGGGCGAAGAAGCGUCUGGACAGAGGCGAGCAGUACACAGGCUUCCUGCCCCAAAAGAAAGCGGAGCUUACAAAUCCUGAGUGGCAGCGUCUCUUGCACAACGUCGCCGUCGAGAUUGCUGUGCUACAGAAGGCCGGUCGCAGCGCUAUGGAAGUGUGCAAUGCGCAUCCCAACAACAGCUCAAUCGAACGCACCGGCAGGGCCAGCCUCUCUCAGGGAUCUGAUGGUGGACUGGAAGUUCGCUUUGCAAGUCCCGAGGACGAGGCGGCCGUGCUGACAGGCAUUGAGCCGGACUAUCGCAUUUCGAAGAAAGGCAAGAAGAUUGCGGCAGCGAAGAAGGCAGACAUUACGCCAGAAAGCCUGGCGGUGCAGCUGAUGCAAAUCAAAAAAUCUCAAGCGGAAGUUGACUGGGUUGACUUCACAUUUUUUGACCCGGGGAUGAAGCUUGCGUUCCUCAAGCGUACAAUGCAGCUGUCUGGCAAACGAAUCCCGGAUAUCCAGAUGAACAGUGCUCAAACCCUCAACGAGCUCUAUGAGGCUUUCAUGAUCAAGGAAAAGCCGAAGAAAUUGGCACAGGCGCCUCAGGUUCAAGAGCUUGCUGCGACAUUGCCCAAUGUGACUGUGUACCAGUCGCGAAGAACACCGGUACACAAGGAGAAGCAAAUUGGAAGAUGGAAAAUCAUAGAGCAAGAAUUAAUCGACCGGGACUUACCUGUGCUGGGCAGCAGAUGGCGUGGCGGCAAAGAAGGAAUUCGCCUGCACGAGAAAUAAGCAAGUCCCAGCAACGGCUGCAACAUGUACGAUAUUGCACGACCGCGGCGGUUUCACGAAAUGUACACCAAGUUCCAUCCCGUUGUGUGUUGUACAAACCCGGGCACAGCAGAUCCUCCAUCCAUAGUGUGAGCAAAGGAUCGCCAGCAGGAGCGGCUUGGCUGCACAGCGAUGCACCUCGAUGUCAUCUCACAGCAAAACGAUAAAGUGUGGUCUGCAUCGCACGCUCG